UGCUCCUCGUCCAUUUCGAGGGGGGUCAGGUUGCCGGCAAGUACCUGGGUGGAGAAGAGCACUCCUAUAGCAAAGCCAAGACUUCUAACUUCAUUUGCAAAAAUGUCUGACCAAGUCGUUAGUUUCUUGAAGGACUUUUUGGCGGGGGGUAUCGCCGCUGCCAUUUCCAAGACCGCUGUGGCCCCCAUUGAGAGGGUGAAGUUGUUGCUGCAGGUCCAGCACGCCAGCAAGCAGAUCACAGCAGCGACUCAGUACAAGGGCAUCAUUGACUGUGUCAUCAGGAUUCCCAAAGAGCAGGGCUUCCUCUCUUUUUGGAGAGGCAACCUGGCCAAUGUAAUCCGUUACUUCCCCACCCAGGCCCUCAACUUUGCUUUCAAAGACAAGUACAAGAAGAUCUUCUUAGGAGGAGUGGAUCAAAAGAAACAGUUCUGGCGCUACUUUGCAGGGAAUCUGGCAUCUGGAGGUGCUGCAGGUGCCACGUCGCUUUGCUUUGUGUAUCCUCUUGAUUUUGCCAGAACCAGGCUGGCUGCCGACGUUGGCAAAGGGCUCAGCGAGAGAGAAUUCACAGGCCUUGGCAACUGCAUAGCCAAGAUCUUCAAGUCAGAUGGUUUAAGGGGUCUUUACCUGGGAUUCAAUGUGUCAGUUCAGGGAAUUAUCAUUUACAGAGCUGCUUACUUUGGCGUCUACGACACAGCUAAAGGUAUGAUGCCAGAUCCCAAAAACGUGCAUAUCGUGGUGAGCUGGAUGAUUGCACAGACUGUCACUGCCGUAGCAGGCCUAGUGUCAUAUCCCUUUGACACUGUUCGUCGUCGUAUGAUGAUGCAGUCAGGUCGCAAAGGAGCUGACAUCAUGUACAAGGGCACCAUUGAUUGCUGGAAGAAGAUUGCUAAAGAUGAAGGAUCCAAAGCUUUCUUCAAGGGUGCCUGGUCAAAUGUACUGAGAGGCAUGGGCGGUGCUUUUGUAUUAGUACUUUAUGAUGAAAUUAAGAAAUAUGUUUGAUUCCCCAAAUAACUUCCUGCUGCAGAACCAAAAUGUUUUUUUUUUUUUCUGUAAAGCUAUGGUUUACUGGACAACAAGCUAUUUCCUAGGGAAAUCUGAAUAGCUCCUUCUUUAUACUCGUUGUCCAUUACAUCAUGGCAGUGUUUUAUCUAUAGCUUCAUGGGCAAUUCACCAAAGGAACUGUACAUAUAUAUAUA